AUGGGGGUCAACACCCGCAGACCGAUUCUUCCCGCCCCCACAGAAUCCAUCAUCGAUACGGGGGAUAGCGCAACGGGCACAGAUCUGGCAACUGACAUUUCUCGCCGCACAGACAAAACGUCGUACUCUAUCCCAGACGACGGUAGCCCCAUAACUGUCUCCACUCGGCGACAGCGGGACCGCGAAGAGAAAUUGUCUCGAGCUCAACACGAUUCUCACACCUCAUUACUCAUCGAGUAUUUCGAGGGCGGCAAAGGUUCAAGCGGCAUUGUCUCUCGUCCCAGCGUGCGAGUACGUGUUACACCAUCGUCGGCGAGAAAGUCCAGGGACAGAAAAGACCACUUGCAAAUCACCGAAUCAAGCGGAAGCGGUAGCCGCAAACCCUCAUACACCCACCGGAUAUCCUUACCAUCACCAUCCUCAAAGCAAAAGCAAUUGGACUCGGUCGCAACGGAUGACCACAGCCUUGCGUCGAAUUCAGCUGAGGAAGACGGUCAUCAUUCAUCACGUCGCGAGCCGGUAGAGAUCGAAUUUGUGAACCGCGGACAGGAGAGCGAGAUGUCUUCCCUCUCGCAAGACACCCGAUACCUGCCCAUGUCAUCGGAGGUUUCGUCCAUGCCGCCGGACAGCAUGAUCAACGCUUCGUCGGCGGGUCCCAGGCGAAAACGUAGCCAGAGUAUGGAGCGUGGUUCGCCCCCUGAAGAUGAGGGAUUGCUCAAGACCCCUCACCGACAAAGAAGUCGCAGUUUGAGUCAUGAACGAAUUGCGCAUCGUGUGGCAGAAAAGCUCACCGAAUCGCCGCAAGAAGCUUCAAGCGGCAAACAAAAGAGCAGGGGCGGCAAGGAUUACCUCGAAGCCGACACAAAGCCAUCCCGUCGCCGAAAGCACAAGUAUGCGGAAGAGGAUAUCACCAGUCCUGAAUCUAGUCUUCUCAGCACAUCUGCAGUCUCUUCAAACCACAAGUCCGAUCAGUACUCGAUUCGCUCCGGUGCAUCCAAGACCUCUAUUAAUAACCCCAAAUUACUCGAGACGGUUGAAGAUGCUAUCAGGAGAUUGAUCCUACCGGAGCUAAAGGAGCUUAAGAAGGACCAAAAGGUCAUGACCAACAAGAGCAAAUUCGACCGGGACAUGGCUACAUCUUAUUCAUCUGGCACGAGCUCCAGAGAUGAGCUAGGCCGACGUCUCUCCAAGCACGCUAGUGCGCCGGAUGUCAUGAAGCCCAAAGUUGUUCUGAACAAGGAUAGCAAAGACGAAGGCAUUGUUCUUUCUCCCGAGACGGCUCCACGAAACACAGAGCGCAAAUCAAGUAAAAGCAGUGAGAGCUCCGAUAUGGCGGUGAGAUGGGCCAAUCGACCCGACUACACCGAACAAGACAAGAUCCGCAGGCAGAGGAGCAAGGGUCUUCGCGACGCUCAUGCUGCUGCCCGAGUCGGCUCUGCUCUCACAGCGGCUUCUCUGAAGCAUCACGACUCCAACUCUAGUCUCGGCAGAAAGGAGCGCCGCCGAAACAGUGGCUCCCGGAAAAGUGGCUCACGCAAGAGCACUGAGAGUAUGAACUACAACGAAACCGAACUUGUUUUCCAGAAGCACAAUGUUGCGCCAAUGCCAAUGCACAGCGAGAUCGACUCCGAGUUAACCAGAAACUCGUUGCUCUCAGAGCGAACGGCAAGUCCCACUCCCGAAAAACAGCCCUCCUACUUCGACGUUGCUCGCGGGUCACCGAGGCAGGCCAUGUCGCCAGCUUCUCGCACCCCAACUAGAAAUUCCGUCGACUCGCGUUAUGAGCUCGGAAUGCGCCAUGGCAAUCAGUCGCACCAUAAUAUCUCGGUGCACAGUGCUUCGGAGCGUGACCUACAUCACCAGAGCCAAUCUCCUGGAACUGACGGUGGUAACUGGGCAAUUGCAGCUGCAGCCGCAGCCAAUCUCCUUGACGCCGCUCACCCCGGACAUAACGAAACGCAAACGCAAGAUGACUACCACAAUGAGACCACUGGCCGCGGGCUGAGCCCCAUUCAGAGUAUUGCGAGUGAUCAUACCCAGACUCACUACGACAAUUACUCGGCUCACGGCGAGCAGCAAGUUGACAGAAAUCAUGAGGUUGAGCCUCGACUCUCCAUUGACACUCUGUCAUCCGCCCCCAGUACAAACCUCGCGAGAUCCACCCGCCAGGGCACCAGUUCACACAGCCAGAGUGGAAUUUUCAAACAGCACAGCCAGGAAUCACCUGGGCUCGGAUACGAACAUUCGCUCCAGGGCUCCCAAGACAAUGGAUUCUAUGGCUAUGACGAGGAGAGCAGGCGCUCUGGAGACAGCGAUGUUGACUUCAUGGAUAAAGUCAAAGAAGGCCACCAUGUGGCUACUGGCGUUGCUGCUAACCCUCAAUUUAUGCACCCAAUCGCCGUCGAAUCUGCAGUCGCUUCCUUGAUGGAUCCCUCUGUCCUUGAAUCUCAGAUCUCAUCCACGAACCGCUCGCAAACCGAUAUGGCUCAACGACCACGCAGCCGAAGCCCUGAAAAGGUAGGAAGCGAAGUCUACCGCGGAAGCCCCUUGAAGCAACGCCAGGAUGCUUUCAAUGCCGAUGAGACCUCUUUCCCUCGCCGUAUGGGUGCUACAUCCCCCCCUCAGAGCGUUACCCAGUCCUUCGAGGACAUAGACGACUCUGCUAUGAUGGCUAACAAUGCCCCGCGUGAAAUGCAGAGUCCUCACCCAGAUGCUGAAAGCCAAGAAUCGGAGUCUGAAAUCAACACCAAUCCGUCCAUUAUACAGGGCCCCAUUGGUGGUGUCGCUCAGGCAGAUCACUGGGGAUACGAUUCAAAGUCUCCGCCGGCAGAUCACUACUACGAUACCCAGAUCGGUGGAUCUAAGGGCCUCAAUGCUGAGCAGCAGAUAGGGCUUGAUGCGGAAUACUACCAAACUGCUCAGAAUAUCUUCGGUGGCGAUGACUACUCUGCCCACUCUGGCGAGAAUCACUCUGGCGAGAAUCACUCUGGCGAGAAUUACUCUGGUGAGAAUUACUCUGGUGAGAAUUACUCUGGUGAGAAUUACUCUGGCGAGAACCAACCCCGGCCAUUGUUUGGUACCCCUCCUGGUGCUAAGGAUGAAGGUUAUGUUUCGGCUGCCAACCCCAUGUCUCCCAGCAUCGGGACCCCGAAGCAAGCUAGUCGAGGACUUGCAGGUGCGGAUGCCGCUGGAAUGGGUAGUUUCGAUAGUUCUGCUGGAGCAGAUGAUCCUUUUACCUCUGGCAAUGAACGCCACUUCAGCGGCUACUCUCACGGUGUUGGUUCACCACUCUACGACAGUGCCACCGGCCGAGGUAUCGAGAGAAUUCAGUCUCAGGAUAUUGUGGCUCUCAUGGAUCAUUUGACUGUUCGGGAUGCCCAGCGGAAUGCUAGAGAUACUGAAAUUCUGGUUACUUUGGUUCGAAGUGCUGCUGAGAUGCGCACCUCCUUCGAGCAGAUGAAGAGAUUCAUCGCCGACCAAGAUGAUCUCAUCAUGGACACUAGCGACAGGGGACAUGAGCGGACCCACAGGGCGCUUGGUGGUCCCCGGCCAUUGCCCCCCAGCGCUCCUCGGAAUCGGCAGCUGAACACGGCUGACGAGGAAGACAAACGGAAGAGUAUCUUUAAGCGUGCGCUGAAGGGAUUGAGCCUCAAGUCGGGCAGCGAUUUGACCAAGAUUGAAGGCAUGCUCGAGCAGUUGCUUGGCGAGGUUGAGGCCCUGCGAUCCGGACAAGAUGGCUUCAGCCCUCACAGUGCCACCAGAGUGGGAAGCAUGGAGCCAAGUGGGUACGAGACUCCCGGUCCAAACGGAGCACCUGUCGAGACGAGCCGCUCUCCCUACGGGUCCAGCUCUUCUCGCCCGGCCAAUGGACAACGCAGAGAUUCGGACCAACGAGUCAGCACCGUCCACGAAGUUGACGAAGACCUUGAGCUUGACGAUAGUGACCAGUUCCUGACAUCACAUCUCCCUGUCCGUGAUGCGCCCCAUCACGAGCGGUCUGGUUCAUUGCCCCUUAAUACGCCUCCACGUAAGCCAGUGGCCACAUCAGCUCGCAGCACCGAGACAACCCCCAAGGCCCGCAAGCACAAGUCCAGCAGCUCGUCCAUUUUCCCGAAGAUCUCCCGCUGGUCUAAGUCCACGGCCACCUCCAUGGGCGAUGGCAUUCGCAACAGCAUCCAACCCUCCCGCAAAGAACGUCCGACCUCAGAUGAGUCUCGAUCUGGGUCUGAUCUCGCACCCCAUGGCGCCUACAAAUAUUAUGAUCCCCAGGGAGACGACAGAAUUCGAUCCACUUAUACCUUGGCCGACGAGCAAGAUGAGAACAGACCCCCUUCGCCAUUAGUUCCUUCCCAGGUGUCUGAGGCGCCCAAGUACCGUGGCCACCGUGGGAGUCUCGAGCUGCAGCACCCCCAGCCUCGACAAGGCCCAACCGGACGUUACCAGUCCCGCCUCGAAACCGAGGCCCAGAUCUACGGAGGUCCAGUUUCUCCCGCUGGCUCAGACCAGUGGGAAUCCAACCCUAGCCUGUCUGCGGCUAACCCUCCCCAAAACCGCAACAGCGGUGUCAGCGGUGCCACGCGUCUGUCCCCGAUCUCCGAUGCAGGCUACUCGGAGACCAGCUCCCGCGCAACCCGUACACCGGGUCCACCCCGUCCUCCUAAGGUCAAGGACGCGGGUCCUCUCAUUCCCGAGCGUCCACCCAAAGUGGCCGAUGACGAGGAACCAGCUUACAGCGGCGACCGUGCUGUUUCCAGAAGCUCUGCCAUCCGCUCUCCCCCCACACGCAAGCCGACUGGCCCGCGUCCUCUUACAUCCGCCGGCCCCUACAGCCCGGGCAAUAUCAACCGAACCCACUACCGAGGCAGUCCCGCGCAAAUCGACUAUGAAGACGAGCAAUAUUGA